AUGGUGUGUCCUGUGAGCGGGGGCAGAGGCCAGCUCAGGAAUAAUGGAAAGGCAGGCCCUCCAUCCCGCGUCACCAGCUCCCUGCACCUGAGUCGGCCCGGGCGUCCUGGGGUAAUGCACGCUAAAGACCCCGCCCGGAAGGUCCAGAAACCUGUCGGAGAAGCAGGCGGGAGCCCCCGCCUCGAGUGCGGCCCUAACCCAGAUCAGGGAGGGCGGAUCAAAUGCGCCAACCUCUCUUCCCACAGCCCGAGCCCCGUCUCCCGCGCCAGGGAUCCCUGCGGCGAGGCCGAGGCCACUGGGGCUCCGUGGCUACCUAGGAGCCCGAACGCGGGCUCUGCGGGCACCCCCCUCCCAGGUGGAGGCCCGGGUGCCUCGAUGCCCCGCUCCCGCACACCCACCUCAUCCAGGGCCCCGGGACCCGGGGCAGGGCGCGGGGGUCCCGGGCGGAGAAGCCAGCGUCUGCCUGCGGGCGCCGCUUACAUGGUGGCGCGGGGUCGGGCCGGGCUCGUCUACGCCGGCGAGCGCGGGCCCCGGGCGUCAGCGCAGGGGCAUCCCGCGGCCACCGGACUAGCCGGCCCUUUAAGCCCCUCCCAGGGAGGGCGUGGCCGAGAGCCGACAGGCGGGCACCUUGGCCUAUCGCCGCUGCGAACUGACCUGGCCUACAUAGAUGUCCAAUCAGAGACUGCACUUCAGGAAUAG